UUUCUAAAACAAUGAGACAUCGGCAGAAAAUUUGAAUAUCAGGAGAAUAGGGCUCGUCCAUUCCCCCCCCCCCCAAUUAAAAGCCUGUAAUACACAACAUUAGUACCCUUUUAAAAAAAUAUAUAACAUUAGUAUGAAUUGAAUUCACAUUAAAUUUUGAUAAUUAGUUACGUUAGACAAUUUAUUCGCUGCUUUAUUAUGAGCUACAAAAUAGGAACGGAAGAAUGUUCGGCUUGUCGUCAUGGGUGUUUUAUAUAUUUUUCUCCUAGGUUGCAAUAGGACUUUAUGCUGUCAUGCAUGAAGCGGUGGUUUUGGACUCUGGUGUGCAUUGUGUGAGGUGUCAGUUGAGGGAUUUCCGGGUCCUCAACUCCACCCAAAAAACCUCGCAAAAAAAAACUCCACCCAAAAAAAAGGCCCUAGGAUAUAUAGCAGAACAGAAAAUCUCUGCCACUCUGCCAGGCUUGUACCAUACCAUCACACUGAAGAGUUGAAUGGGAGAGGGACUGAAGGGAGGCAUCCCACAAUUUCGGAGCUCGAUCAGAUGGAAUACUCUGUGAUGCCCAAUUCCUGAUUGUUCAGAAACUACAUCCAAUCCCAUCGUCUUAUGUGAAAUUCUCUGAACAUGGGUGACAUCACCGAGCCGGAAGCUGUUGCCAUGGCCGGGCCGGAGCCGACGUCUUGCCUCACCCUGCGAGUCUUCUACCUGAGGAUGAGCAGGUGCGAGGUCGACGAGUCCAUGCUGGACACCCUCACGCUCACCCACAUCCCGCUCACACCUGACACCGACCUGGAAGUGAGCGGCGCCGAUCAGAAGCCAAGCAUAAGCAGCGGCAAAGGCAGCAGCACCGUGUCGUGCUCCCUCCGCCGCGGCCGCGUCGACGCGAGGUCGGAGGAGGCCACCUUCGUGAGCACGGCGACCGUCAGGAUGGCCGGCAGCGUGCGGUUCGAGGUCCACAACAAGGACGAGCGGCUCCUCGUGGGGAUCCUGGAGAUGUGCGACGCGGAGGGCGAGGGGAAGAGGAGCUGGGUGAUGAAGUGCCAGGUCGCGACGCAGAGGGGCACAGGGUUCCUGAGGUGCGCCAGGGAUACGGAGGCGAAGCCGCCGGCGGUGGAGGUGUACGUGGCCGGCGUGUUCCGGGGCACGCCGAUCGUGUUCACCAAGGCGAUGCAGCUGCGGUUCCGGAGGCGGCGCCAGGUGAAGGCGUUCUUGGACCCGAUCCCGGAGUGGGGCGAGCAGGCGGAGGACACGAGCCCAACGCCGGCGGAGCAUGAACCGCAGGAGUCGGAGUACAGGUGCUACAAGCCCGACCCGGACGCGGACGACGAGGACAGCAGCCUCUACAUGAGAUCCGCAGGUCUGGACGAAGACGAAGGGUACAGCGAGCUGUCGUGGUUCACCGCUGGGGUCCGCGUCGGCGUCGGCAUCAGCCUGGGCAUCUGCCUCGGCGUCGGCAUCGGGGCCGGCCUCCUGGCCCGCUCGUACCAGUCCACCUCCAGGACCCUCAAGUGGCGGCUCAUCUCAAGCCUGCUCCGAUGAACCACCCACGGCAGUUCGAGCGCGCAUCUGUGUGGCUCCUAAAACUUUCUUAGUGAUGAUGAUGAAAAAAAGAGAAGAUCUGGAUGAUGAAAACGUUCACUCUGUUCGGCAGCACCAACAGCCUCCAGCCCAACAGUAUUUUUCUCUCACACUGCUCCAGCACCAACUUCUAAUCACCAGCCAGCCAAUAGUAUUUUUUUCCUCACACUACUCCAACCACCAACUCCAGCUCCAGCCCAACGAACGAGUGGUUGUGCACUGUGCCGGAUGCACGCACCCUAUUGUAGUAUAUCCUUGUGCAGUUGGUAUGGCGGAUUGGCAUUUGGCAAUGUACGCGUGCCAUGGCGAAGCUGCCUGAUCGUU